AUGAAUGACGCAGUUAUCUCGUCGCUAUUGCAAAAAAACACCCGGGCCGAAGAGCUUCGUGAGGGAGAGGACAAUUGGCCUGGAGCAAUCAUUGUGCCUCUUAGGCUACAGCAGCAGACAACAACCGUCGGUGGCGUGCCCGACCGUGAUCGUCUUUUGACACUUACAAACCCGCUGAAACUUUUACGGGGCUCGGGCGAAAGAGACAGCCGUGACUCUCAGUUACCCGAGGCUGAAGACGACAUGGUAGCCAACGCAGCCUCAUUCACAUUUUUGCAGAGGGUGUCACAACUGACGCCCUCCCCGUUUGAGUGGGUCUUUAACAGGUUACUCUUCCACCCACAGUUUGCCCUAGGGGGUUAUGAAACAUUCACAGACGGAGCACUUCGGUGCCGGACACGGCUAGAUCACAUUUUUGCCAUUCUAGAGGUUAAGAGGAGGGAUCGACAUACGAGUUACGCAGAAAUGGUUAUGCAGGAAACAUGUGAACUUGUUGGAUGGCUGUUGAAGUCAUCAAGUAGUAUUGCCUGCUUCAAUGGGCAUUCCUUGAUGAUCUCUCAGGGCCGUGAUGGCUUAUUUCUUACGUUCAAGCCGUUCAAUGAAGCUCACCAACGCUAUCUCGCCGGCGAGGGUUGGGCAGAGGAUUUCCUUAGGAUGGAAACCUUCGGACCCUUCAAAACGAACAACGACCGUGAUAUGACCCUUUUCGGAUCGGUAAAGCUCGCCGCAAUUGAAAUUGCUGUGAACCGUGCUCUUGAUUGA